AUGUCUUCACUACAAUCCUCUCCGUCUCUCAGACAGGUUAGAUUUGAUGAGAAUGUGAUGAUUGAGAGUUUUAAUAGUACUGUUGCAUAUGCUUCUUCUACAACUUCCGAUUCUCCUAAAGGCUUUAGAAAAUCAUCAAUUUAUUUAACUUUAAUAUUUGCGAGCAUGUUUAUAAUUUUCGAUUUAAUGUUACCACUGUAUAAUAAGAGUUUAUUUGCAGGAUUUGGAUCGCGAGGAGGAUUUCACUAUCCAGUAACAUCAUCGUUGAUACAGGUUGGAGGAACUUCGAUUUGCUUACUGGUGGCAGUUGUUUUAAAUUGGAUAAUCAAGACUAAAUUAUUGGAUUUACCUCAUCCUUAUUUUGUGUUUAGUGGUGGAUUGAAGCAAUUCUUUUUGAAAAUAUCUGAAAGACCAUCUCUAUUGCAAGUAUUAUUUGCAUUAUUAGUGACAGCUGGAGCAGUGUUAUUGAGUUUGGAUGUUGGACUUGGAUGGUCGGUCAAGACAACUAAUAUUCCUGCUGUGAUUGUUAAUUUGGCAUCUGCUCUUUGUACUGGUAUCAUGUUUGUUUCAAUGAGAUUUGUUGUGGCGAGACAGGAAAAGUAUGAACAUUUGAGAAUGGGACUUUUGGAAAUGACCAUGGUUAAAAUGUUUAUGGCAACUUUAUUUAUUGUAAUUCCAGCAUUGGCAAUGGAAACUAUUGUUCCAUUUGCAGAUGCCAAAGUAACAGUAUGGCAAAUAUUAUUUACAAAAUUGGAUAUGUUAGUAAUGGUCUUGGGAGGAGUAUUGAUCACCUUACUAUUCCAAGGUUCCAUUCUAUCUUUGACAGUUUACUCAAAAGCUCUCAGUGUUGGAAUCAUUCAACAAUUUAUGAUAUUUCCACAAGUUGCUUUAUAUACUAUCAUUAGUGUAACUCAUCUGGUACCAAGAAAUUGGAAUAUUCAAGUAUUGCAACCAACAUGGUCACAUAUUACUGGUGGAUCGUUAAUUAUUGCUGGAACUUUCUUUUAUGGAAUUUUGAGAAUUGUUAAAACAAUUGACCAAAAGAGAAGAAUGAAGCAAUUACAGGAUUCUCCAUCGAUCAAUGAAGAAACAACAUCUCUGGUCAAUUCCAAAGAGCAAAUACCUAAAAAGUGGUAUGAUUGGAUUAUUUAA